CUCUAACUGGCUUCAUUCUGCUGGCAUACGCAAUCUUGCCCGUUCUACAAGUAUUUGUUUCUUCGAAGAAUUUUGGCGUUAUUAUGCCCUCCCCCAGGAGAACACCCAACCCGCCGGCGCCGCUGCCGCCCCCACUACCACCAUCUUUUGGUCAGAAUGCCCCCAAUGCGGCAGCCCCCAAGCCUCCUGUGGUGGCCUCGAUACAUCCAGCAGGGGCCUUCUUGGUUGAACUCUUGAUUUAUAAUGGCUCGCCUUUUAAGGAUCAUUGGGCAUACUGGGUCCGCUCACACACUGACCCUGAUAUCGGAGUUUUGAUUUAUGCAAUGGGUAACGUAAUAAAUAGCUUCAUAUUCGAGAUCAAGCGGAACCACGACUUCCGAGCAACCGGCAACGUUCUAUCUAAGCAAAUUCCCCUACAGUAGAUUGAUAGAAAGUACUUUGAUGAGAGGGCUAUGUUUAAUAAUGGUACACGCAAAUUGGAUAAUGCUCCUGUAUGUGGGUUCGAGGCGAGUGCAUACAAGAUUAGGCCUCCUGGGAAGACACUAAAU